CAUGUUCUUUUGUUCUCACUUCGCGACCAUUAUGGAGGGCGCUCUGCCAGCAGCAUGCCUUUGUUUACGCCUGGCGGCUGUUCUUGGCAUGGAAUACAUAUAAAGCUUAACCCCAUAACCUCCCAUACUCUCCAUCCGGGUUUUGAUAAUCCAGUCAUCAAUUUACUAACUUUCUAUCCUUGCAGCCAGUCUGUUAGACGUUUGCUCAUAUUCGAUCUCCCCGUCUAAAUCAAAACUCAGUAUUACUAGAAGACUAGUCAUCUCAAGUACCUUUUCAGCGCGCUUCACUCCCGCAUCUAUCAUCGCAGGACGAUUUCUGUUAUUACCAUCUAUUCAACCUUUCCAAUCGCUUUCUCGUUUACAAUCAUGACUACUACAUCCAGUCUUCCCAUCACUCUCGCUCAGGCCAUCGCCUACCUCACUCGUCCUCUUGUCCUUACGUACCCUGUCGCCACAAUCAUCAGGCUUCAGCUUGCGCUCGAGGCAAACUUGACUGCACUAUUUGCCCCUUCCUGGGUUCCCAAGGAACCCCUUCGUGGUUCUGGCCGGCGUUGCCUCACCCUCUCCCCUAAUUGCCUCCCCCCACGUGCCGUAUAUGCCGCAUGCCUUGCAUCCAGUGUUCAGUGGUUCGACUGGAUUGCGGUCUUGGGCGGACAAGAGUUCGACUUCUUUGUCGAUCCAGGAUGCAUUUCCGUGCGCUUCGGGAAGGGCACUGAGCUCAUUACCGUCUGGUCAGAGGAGCUGAUAGCUCAGACCGUUUUCGUGCCACCCCAUACGCAUUCAAGCCAGCUGCCAUCCAAAUCUAAGACAUUUGCCCAACAGCUCUUGGAGAAUGACCACACGGAUGACGAUGAACUUUUCGCCUUGAUCGCUGACGAAGUCAGCGCGCCCACUUGGAUGACCCCCAUCACUGACCGUUUCCCUGCUCCUCCACGUUCUGAAUCGCCGCUGUCUGCUAUAUCUUCCGAUUCGUGCUCCAGCUAUCGCUCGUCCGACUCGGAUUCCUGUUUCUCUUCGAUGACCGGCUCUACUUUGUCCUCUAGAAAUGACAGUCAGUCAUCCCAACUUUCCCGUCGUGAGAGGGCCAGGCAGGCUCGUGUCUUUAUUGACACUUCCAAGACUGAAGUCACCCCUUACGAUGGAGGCAAGACCACUGUUCUCACCGGUGGUGUAAUGCUAGGUGCACCUCCCAAGGGCAAGAGCGGCACAUCUGUUCCUGCCUGGCGCCGUGUAUGAACGGCUAUCAGCCUCCCUCCCUUAAUCACUCGUCGCCGAUGAAGUUCUAACGAGAUCGCACUUUUUGCCUGUACGCCUAUUCAUGCCACAAAAACCACGAACGAUAAUCCGGACAAUGUUCUACCAUACCACACCGUUUAACGUCUAUCAUACCAUUUGCCUUUGCUUUUAUUACUUUGUUUUCGUAGCUUUGAUUCAGAUCGAGUGUGUGUAGCAUUGAACAUUCUCAUACAUGGCUGUUAUCUUUGCACUUUCAUUGAUUAUCGAUUUCCUGUCGUAUUACAUUCUCAGUACUAUAGUUGUAUUGUAAUUGUAUAGGA